GGUAUGUUUCGUAUGUAAAUUUUGUAGUCUGAUUUGUGUUGUACUGAUUGCUUUAGCUAUGAUAACAUUUCUUCUUUACUGGUUUCGUAGUACUAAAUGGGUUUUCUUUACCCGAAUGCUUUUAUCCUUGACUUCCCUAAAAAUUUUAAAGCACAGAGUUUAUCCAGGAAUUGUUCUAGACUAAUAGUUACUUCCCUCUUAUUAAACAUCUUAGAUUGUAUUAAUGAAAUUGAGUGCUAUUUUGUUUUUGCAGAAAAGCUAGUUUAUCGAAAAGGGGGAGCAGUUUUGAGGUACUAAAUCAAACUGAAUGAAUUGUAUGACACCUUUAAUUCUUUGGUAGCUUUACCUAUUAACUGUCAUGGAUUUUUCACAGAUGUUGUUCUUGAAACUCUACUGAAGGAAAGUGUAAUAUUGUGAUAAUGUUAAUUUGCAAUAUGAUUAUUAACUGAAAAUUUAAAAAAUCUGUAAUGGAUUAGAAAAUAAAAUCCCAGUAGCUUUUUUGUUCCCCAGUAAGAAGAGUAGAUUCAGAAAGCUUGUAUUAUAAAUGUAGCAUAGUAGUGCUUACCAAAAGUUAGGAGUUUUAUUCUUGUAGGAGUUAGGCUAGUAAGUAAUGUUUAUAUAAUCCUGAUAAACAUUUCUCCAUGACCGAAUUUUGAGUGGAAAACUUUGUUUCCUAAAAGGCUGUAUGUGGAAGAAAAAAAAAGAGAAGAAAAAUAGGGCCUAUCCCGUUUGUGAGUAGUGUGUGUGUGUGUGUGUGUGUGUGUGUGUGUGUGUGUGUUUAGAUAGAGUUUAAUACCAACUAAUGCCAACAUCUGGCAAAGAGAUGGAGAGCUGGGAAUUUGCUGCUUGAAACCCUGGGACAAAGUGUUCUGAUCUGACCAGCAAACAUAGCUGUGGACUUGAACUGGAAUCUUCAGGGGCAGAAACGUCUUAAGUGUCUGGAAAAUUGGCCUGUUGAGUCACCAUGAAGGCACUAAAACAAAACUAAUUUUAAGCAGGUCAAAGUUCAGUGAUUCCCUCUGGAAUUCAAACUUUUUUUAAGAGUCUCAUGUUUAAGUGAAAAGGGUCAAAGUUGAUGCACUGUUACAAUGUUUUGAAUGCUUUCCCUUAAGAACAGCCACCCAAGCCGGGAUUAGCAUGAGGAACUGCAAGGCUGGCACUUCAGCGUCUGGGUUAAAAAUAUUUUAAAGCAGUAAAUGCAGUCAGUACAGAGAGAUCCCUGGGAGCCUUUCUAUUCAAAAAUGUGUGAGCUCAGGGCAGCGACUGCAAUGUAAUUUAGGGCAGUGUAUGCUUCAUAGCUUUGGAGAAUAUUGCUUCCCACUAAUGUUCCAUCGGAGGAUGGUAGGAUAGUAGUAAUUUUAGAAGGUAGUAUUCCUGUUUGUCUUACAUCGAAAACUUCAGAAUAAAUAAAGGGACCUAUCAACUGAGCAAGAAAUGUAACUAUGGAAAAGUACCAAUGAAUCUAAAUUUGAACUGAACAGAUACAAAAUCAGCAUGGGUGUAGGAAUAUUUUUAAGGAGGAGGCUGCAGCAAAAGCGACUUCCCAGGGAAUGGACCUCACAGGCUUUUUAAUCAGGCUGCAGUGUACAGACAUACUUCAAGAGGAUCCUUAGAAGUCUUGGACAAGCUUACCCUUAUGUGGCAGGUGCUGUGCUGGACACUGGUGACCCAAAGAUGAUGACAAAUAUGUUCCUGUCCAUAAGGAGCUAGCGAUCCACUGGGCACUCCUCUUGCUGAUGACACAAUUCCUCUGUGAAUCCGUUUACAAGAUUCUGAAAGCUGAACAGAGAAUUUUGGCACUGCACUGGGUAGGAAAAAGGAUGUCUUCCAAGCGACCAGCCUCUCCGUAUGGGGAAGCAGAUGGAGAGGUAGCCAUGGUGACAAGCAGACAGAAAGUGGAAGAAGAGGAGGGUGACGGGCUCCCAGCCUUUCACCUUCCCUUGCAUGUGAGUUUUCCCAACAAGCCUCACUCUGAGGAAUUUCAGCCAGUUUCUCUGCUGACGCAAGAGACUUGUGGCCAUAGGACUCCCACUUCUCAGCACAAUACAAUGGAAGUUGAUGGCAAUAAAGUUAUGUCUUCAUUUGCCCCACACAACUCAUCUACCUCACCUCAGAAGGCAGAAGAAGGUGGGAGGCAGAGUGGUGAGUCCUUGUCAAGCACGGCCCUAGGAACUCCCGAACGGCGCAAAGGCAGCUUAGCUGACGUUGUUGACACCUUGAAGCAGAGGAAAAUGGAAGAGCUCAUCAAAAAUGAGCCAGAAGAAACCCCCAGUAUUGAAAAGCUACUCUCAAAGGACUGGAAAGACAAACUUCUUGCAAUGGGAUCAGGGAACUUUGGUGAAAUAAAAGGGACUCCCGAAAGCCUAGCUGAGAAGGAGAGGCAGCUCAUGGGUAUGAUCAAUCAGCUGACCAGUCUGCGGGAGCAGCUACUGGCUGCCCAUGAUGAGCAGAAGAAACUAGCUGCUUCUCAGAUUGAGAAACAGCGACAGCAAAUGGAGUUGGCCAAACAGCAACAAGAACAGAUUGCAAGACAACAGCAGCAGCUUCUUCAGCAACAACACAAAAUCAAUUUGCUUCAGCAACAGAUCCAGCAGGUUCAAGGUCAACUGCCGCCAUUAAUGAUUCCCGUGUUCCCUCCUGAUCAACGGACUCUGGCUGCAGCUGCCCAGCAAGGAUUCCUCCUUCCUCCAGGCUUCAGCUAUAAGGCUGGAUGCAGUGACCCUUACCCUGUUCAGCUGAUCCCGACGACCAUGGCAGCUGCUGCCGCAGCAACACCAGGCUUAGGCCCGCUCCAACUGCAGCAGCUGUAUGCUGCCCAGCUCGCUGCCAUGCAGGUAUCUCCAGGAGGAAAGCUCCCAGGCAUACCCCAAGGCAACCUCGGUGCUGCUGUAUCUCCUACCAGCAUUCACACAGACAAGAGCACAAACAGCCCACCACCCAAAAGCAAGGAUGAAGUGGCACAGCCACUGAACCUAUCAGCUAAACCCAAGACCUCUGAUGGCAAAUCACCCACAUCACCCACCUCUCCCCAUAUGCCAGCUCUGAGAAUAAACAGUGGGGCAGGCCCCCUCAAAGCCUCUGUCCCAGCAGCAUUAGCUAGUCCUUCAGCCAGAGUUAGCACAAUAGGUUAUUUAAAUGACCAUGAUGCUGUCACCAAGGCAAUCCAAGAGGCUCGGCAGAUGAAGGAGCAGCUUCGGCGGGAACAACAGGUGCUUGAUGGGAAGGUGGCCGUUGUGAAUAAUUUAGGUCUCAGUAACUGCCGGACAGAAAAGGAAAAAACAACACUGGAGAGUCUGACUCAGCAACUGGCAGUUAAACAGAACGAAGAAGGAAAAUUUAGCCAUGCCAUGAUGGAUUUCAAUAUGAGUGGAGAUUCUGAUGGAAGUGCUGGAGUCUCAGAAUCAAGAAUUUACAGAGAAUCCAGAGGCCGUGGUAGCAAUGAACCCCACAUAAAACGUCCAAUGAACGCCUUCAUGGUGUGGGCUAAAGAUGAACGAAGGAAAAUCCUUCAAGCCUUUCCCGACAUGCACAACUCCAACAUCAGCAAGAUAUUGGGAUCUCGCUGGAAAGCUAUGACGAACCUAGAGAAACAGCCAUAUUACGAGGAGCAAGCCCGUCUCAGCAAGCAGCACCUGGAGAAGUACCCCGACUACAAAUACAAGCCGCGGCCCAAGCGCACCUGCCUCGUGGACGGCAAGAAGCUGCGCAUCGGCGAGUACAAGGCGAUCAUGCGGAACAGGCGGCAGGAGAUGCGGCAGUACUUCAAUGUCGGGCAACAAGCACAGAUCCCCAUCGCCACCGCAGGUGUUGUGUACCCUGGAGCCAUCGCCAUGGCGGGAAUGCCCUCCCCUCACCUGCCCUCAGAGCACUCAAGCGUGUCCAGCAGCCCAGAGCCCGGGAUGCCUGUUAUCCAGAGCACUUACGGUGUGAAAGGAGAGGAGCCACAUAUCAAAGAAGAGAUACAGGCCGAGGACAUCAACGGAGAAAUUUAUGAUGAGUUCGAUGAGGAAGAGGAUGACCCAGAUGUAGAUUAUGGGAGUGACAGUGAAAACCAUAUUGCAGGACAAGCCAACUGAUAAGGGUCAAAAGAUUGUUGUGACCUUAGGACUUAAAGAAGCCCUAGCUGGUUCAUCCUUACCAGUGGCCAAGCACAUUAACUUUCUCAUACACUGACUGUUACUUUAACUGUUAGUCUUAAAUAGUUGGGACAUCAGCUGACUAAUAGACCUCAGCCUCAAAAGGCUUGGAAAGGAAAAAAAAAAAUACAAGCAAA